AUAAUGCCAUACUUUUGAAAUGAUGUAUUAACUUUGACACACAGCUGUAGUUAAAAAGAAUUUUCAGUAGAUAUGGUCAACUGCUUAGAUGUAUACAAACUAUAAACUCUAAAAUGUCAAAUUACAUAAAUAAAAAAUGUUCUCAAUAACACAAAUAUGUCAAAAAGAACACAAAAACAGUAAUUAAAUCGCCUUCGCUGAAACCUUGUUUAAUUUGUCUUUGCUAAGGCAAUACAUAUUUGUUUAUAAACGUUUUGUGACAUAUAAUUUUAAUAAUUUUUAUGAUAAAUGUUUAAAUUUUAAAGAAUUUCAUUAAGUUUUUCAUUUAUAACAAUAUGGAGCCUAAAAAGAUAUCAUUUGGUUUUAGUAAAAUUAAUAAAAAACUAAAUUUAUUACCCAUUAAAGAGAAUGUUCAAAAGGAAUCAAAAGUGGAAUUGAUAAAAUGCCUGGAAGGCCAAGAAAUUAAAUUAGUGGAAGAAAAACCCGAGAUACAGCCUUUAGUAAUACCUUUAAAGGAAUCCCACAAAACGUCGGCUGCCUUGGCCAGCUUAAUAAAAAGGCGUGCUGUUUUGCUGGGAGAAGAAGAGCCGGAAGAAAGUACAGAGACCAAAGAUGUUACAGCCUCAGUUGGCAAUGAAGGUCCCGAAGAUAUUGAAAAACGUGCCGCCAGAGAACUUUUAGCUGACGUCCAAAAGAAUGAUGCUGCUACCGCAAAUAAUAAUUUAGUUUUACCCGUUGUAAAGCCAGAAGAUUUGCCUUUAGAUGGCGCUAAAGAAUCCACUUUAGAUGAUUAUGAUUCUAUACCCAUACAAGAUUUUGGCAAAGCUAUGCUACGCGGCAUGGGUUGGAGCGAACCACCAGCAGCUAAAAGCAAAGGUGGUGUACCCAUCGACGAUACACCUAUGGUAAGACCUAAAGGUAUGGGUCUGGGUGCGGAUAAAGCUUUAAAUAAAAAACCUCUUUUAGUGGCGCCCGAAGCGAAUGAAGUGCUAGAGGUUAAACGUAAUGCAUAUGUGCGUAUUUUGGGUGGUAAACAUAAAGAUCUUUAUGGACAAAUCGAGGGUUUCGAUGAUCACGCUGGUAGGGUUAUUGUUAAAAUGGCCAUAGGUGGUGCUAAGGAAGCGUUUAAUGAGUUUCUUUGCCAGCCGGUGUCGAGGAAAGAGUAUGCUCAAUAUGGAAAGUGUAUAAACACUUCCAAAUAUGAAGAAUACAAAAGGAAGGAAAAUGAACAUGGUCAAAUUAUUUUGGAUAAAGACGAAAAGGAUGUUAUCGAGGCAAAAUAUGAAAGGAAAAUCAAAAAAGAAACAGAAGAGGACAAUUAUAAGAACCUUAAAAAUAAAGAUACCCAUGAAAGAAAUGGAAAAUAUGAGAAUUAUCGAGAGGAUAAAAAAGAAACUAAGAGAGAACAAAAAUAUUAUGAUAAAAAUGAAAAAGCUCGCGAUAAGAAUAAUGAGCGAAAUCGUAAUAGAUAUGAGGAUGAAAAAGAUCGUAGAAGAGCAACUAAUAGAGAUGAAGUGGAGCAUAGUGAAAGGCAAAAUAAAAACGAUACAAAAGAUCACAAAAGAGAUUAUCCUAAAGAUGAGGAGAGGGAUCGCAGGAGGGAAUAUAACAGAGACGAUGAAAAAGAUCGCAGGAGAGAAAAUAACAGAUAUGAUGAUAGAGAUCGUAAAAGAGAAACUAACAGAGAUGAUAAGCGAGAUCACAGAAGGGAAUAUAACCAAGAUGAUGAGAGAGAUCGUAAAACGGAUUAUAACAGAGAUAAUGAACGGGAACGUAGAAAUGAAUAUAACAGAGAUAUUGAGAGAGAUCGCAGGAGGGAUUAUAGCAAGGAUGAGGAUAAUGAUCGCAGAAGAGAAAAUGACAGAGAUCGCAAGAGAGAAGACAACACAGAUAAUUAUAGAGAUAGCAGGAGAGACAAAUUUAAUGACAAACCUCGCUACAAAGAAUCAAAUGAUCUUGAGCAUAGCUCUGGCGUUAGAGAUAAAGAAAGACAACGAGAACGCGAUCGACAACAGCACAAAGUAAUUGCUGUAAAUGAUUCUUCCGAUUCUGAAAAUGAAACACAUACGUCCAAACAUAAAAAAUCAAAGAAAUCAAAACAUACAAAGAAAAAAUCCAAAAAAUCUAAAUCAAAAUAUAAAAAUGAUACAUCUGAUGAGGAGAACUCAUCAUCAUCAUCGUCGUCGUCGUCAACGCAUUUUACAACGGAUAGCGAGGAAGAAAGACAUAAAAAGCACAAAAAGAAAACUAAAAAAAGUAAAAAACAACGUGAACGUUCCCGUUCUAGAGGAAGAUGAAAAUGUAAUAAUAAAUUUAAAAUGUAAUAAAUGUUUGAAAAAUUAAAAAGAAAAACAUUUGUUUUUUAAUUUA